AUGAAUAAGGUAAUUUUUUUGAGGUUUAAUGAUGAAAUUGAAGGGAAAUUAUGGUUUUAAUGUUUGAAGAUGAUAGAGGAUAAGUUUAAGAAUUUUUAUCAAAAAUUAGUUAUCAAAGAUAUGUAUUUUGGAACAAAUUUUGUGACUCAAAAUGAAUUUUUGGAUUGGGCAGAAACAGGUGAUAUUUUGCUUUUUGAGUAUAACAGCUUAUAUAUAUUUAAGAACUGAUCAUUAUUUGGCUAAAUUAUAGAGAGUGUUCACAAGUUCUAAUUUUGACCAUGUUGGAUUGAUAAUUCGAAAAUAAGAGCAUAAAGAAAUUAUUAUAGUAGAUGUUAAAAAUAAUAUAGUAUAAUUUAAUUAAAAUUAGGGAGUUGACUUUGAAUUUUGGAGUUUUUUUCUUAAAUAAAAUACUCAAUUCAAAAAAAUCUGUUAUAGAAAAUUAUUAAAUAUUGAUAGAGGUUAUAUAAAUUAAAGAAUUUAGGAAUUUAUUGAUGUAUUAUAUAAUAUUAUUAAGAAAGUUUACGAACAGGAAUUUCAAUUAAAUAUAAUGAAGUUGUUACAAUAAUAAAGUGAUGGGUUGAUUAAUAAAGGGUAUUUUUGUAGUGAACUGAUUGCAAAGGCAUAUAAAUAUUGUUAAUUGUUACCUUAGAAAAAGGCUAGUUCUCAAUAUUGGCCAGUGACAUUUUCAAAAUAAUUAAAAUUAUAAAAUAAAGCAGAAUUGAGCCAACCUAUGAUGAUUUUAUUAGACAAUGAUAUUAAUUAUUAAUUAUGA